GAAGAGUGCCCAGAUGAUCUCGUUCAAUUUGAUUACAAUGGAGAUUUUUCCGAGUUUACAAUCAUAUAUGCACCUUUUGCUGCAAAAGAAUUGGUGCAUAGCAUUGAUAACCCUCUCCACGUCGAUUCCACUCAUUCUUUAAUUAAAGGAAAGAUCCAAUUGUUUGCAGUAACAAUGAAAACAAGUCAAAACACAAUUUUCCCCUUUUGCUAUUUUUUAGUGAACCCUCAGACAUCUGAAAAAAUUCAAGAAUGUUUGGUGAAAUUCUGUGAGUUUGCGCACCUGGAUCCACAGCAUUGGAGCGCUGACUGUGCGCUAAACAUUGCUCGCGCAAUUGAGGACGGAUUUCCUCUUGCGCAGCUCAGUUGGUGCGCUGUGCAUGUUUUACGCGCAUGUGCAAAAGUUGGAAGCUAUUUUGACAAUCCACAGAAUUUUGAGAACUUCUAUUUAGCAAUGGACUUUUUGACAUUACGUGCAGAUGCAACGAAUGCAGAAAAGCUGGCUGAAGAGUCUGAUGAAACAUAUGAGUUCUUGACAACAAUGUUAGAAGAAGAAGAACCGCGCGCUUUGAAGUAUUUCGAUAAACAAUGGAGAAGAACCAAAGAACAUUGGAUGAUGUUAUAUCGUGGAGAAGGUGAUUCCACGAAUAACAUUGCGGAAUCACACUUUCAUCAAUUAAAGCAAACAUUUUUCUUGGGUAAGAAAAAUGAGCGCAUUGAUGACAUCGUCAUAACUCUCAUCACUGUUGUGAUUCCAAAUGCGAUUAUUAAGGUUCAAGUCGCUAAUGUUUUGAAUGAAGAAAGAGCAGUAAGAAUUCUUACAAGGGCAGGUAAUCAGAUUGUUGAGCAAAGAGCUUCAAAACACGAUGAAUGUUUGAAAUUAAUUCAACACAUUUUGGAAAUUGUCGAAAGCCGAAGGAUUGAACCUAAUGUCCUUAUUCCAUCUUUGAAGGCAAUAUUAAAUUUGGCACAAAGAAGUUUAAAGGAAGAGUAA